UAUCCAUGCUAAUUUAUUCACCCAUGGCCACGCCCCCAUCGGCACCACCUUUACGGCACUGGUGGGAUUUUGCGACAGCCGUGCUCUGAGGGGAGUCCGCUGUGGUGGCUGGACCCGGCUCUCCGGGCGGGCUCCGGCGGUCUCGGUGCUUUAACGGGGGUUAAAGGGGCGUUUAAAAGCUCACCCUGGAGCGCAGGAAGCGGCUCUGAGGUGCGGGAAGCGGCUUUGAGGUGCAGGUCGGGCUAUGGAGCUCAGCGGCCUAGUGCAAGCCCUGAGGGGGGCCGGGCCGCAGCCGCCCGCCGCUCUCCCAGCGGCCGAGCAAGUCCUGCUGCAGCUCGGGCAGCUCCUCUCCGGCGGUGCCCCCAAAGCCGGCGCGGUCCGAGACCUGUGUGCGCUGAUCGAGGCUGCGGACUGCCGCUGGCUGUUCGGGGGCCUGAGCCCCGCCACGCUGGGUGGGUUGGUGGUGGCGCUGAGCGGGUACGCGGCGCCCCCAAAGCAGGAGCAGGACGCUGCGGAUCUGCCGUGUAAGGACAGUGAAUACGCUGGUGCAGCUGAGAGAGCAGCGGAUGUCGGAGCAGUGUUUCUACAUCUCCUUGUGAAGCUGGAAGCUGCCAAGACGCAGGAAUCUCUGGGUGUCCCCGUGGUGGGUCCUAUCCUGUGCCGUGUGACGGGUCCUAUCUACAUCUUUGCUGCAACACAUAUUGUGGAGAGGUCCUGGACAAACGUGAGGUCUCGGUCAGUGGCACAGGAGGUGCUGGAGUCGCUGGUUCAGGCCGCAGGCUGCGGGUCUGUGGCUGAAUUCCUUCGGGGGAAGAAUGAAGAUGAGGAAGGGAGGUUUGCAGCGGUGAUGGGGCUCCUGAAACAGGAGCUAACCAAAGACACUUGGAAGCGGAACCCUGCCACAAAGCACGUGUUCUCCUGGACGCUGCCUCAUGUCACCCGGCCCUGGCUCAGCCGUUACCUGGAGCGGGUCCUCCCACCAUCACUGCUCAUCUCAGAUGACUACCAGGAGGACAAUAAGAUCCUGGGUGUGCGCUGCCUGCAUCACAUCAUUCUCAACGUGCCAGCUGCUGAUCUAUGCCAGUACAACAGAGCUCAGGUUGUGUACCAUGCCCUUUACAACCACCUCUACUCACGAGAGGCCCCUCUCAUCCAGGCAGUGCUGCUGUGCCUGCUGGACUUGCUGCCAGUCCUGGAGAGAGCCCAGCGGCAGCAGAAGCAGGUCAGACCAACCACUCACUGCGAUGAGGUGCUGCAGCUGGUUCUGACCCACAUGGAGGCAGAGCAUCGCCUCGCGCUGCGGCAAGUGUACGCCAGGGCCCUGCCUGCCUUUGUGCAGAGCCUUGGUAUCCUGAUAGCACGGCACCUGAAGAGGCUGGAGCGAGUUAUCUUGGGGUAUCUGGAAGUCUCUGACGGCCCUGAGGAAGAAGCCCGACUGGGAAUACUGGAGACACUGCAGUGCACCAUAGAGCACGCUUGGCCCAGAAUGCCAUGCAGGCUCCCCGUGCUCCUCAAAGCCCUGCUGAAGAUGCUCUGGGACGUGCACACUGACCAGGGUUCGACACCAGAGCCGGUAAAAGCUGCCUUGCUCCAAGGGGCCACUGAGUGCCUCAUCCUGCUGGAUCGCUGCUCUGAAGGGCAAGUGAAGGUCCUGCUGGAAGGUGUGUACAGCAGCUGUGAGGAGAACCGCGUGCGGGAAUGCAUCAGAAAAGUGCGAGAGAACACGUGAGAGGUGGCUGAUCAAAGCUCACCCCCUUUUUGGACAGUAAACUCUUUAUUUAUUUCAA